AAUUGAAAACAAGCAAACAGAAUCAAGUCUGCAAACCCCAAAUCCAGAAAAUAUAACCCUCUUUCUCCUCCUUCCCCUCCCUCCUUUUCUCCUCCUCCUGUGGAUGGAUGGACUUUUGCUCUCUGCCCUUCUGUAUUCUCACUCUCACCCUGUUCCGGUGUCAUCUCUGCCUUUUAGAGCCCAGCUUACUUCUGAUCUUCCUUUCGUGCAAUGUUUGGGCCUCAGAGGCCGUAUUAUUGUGACUGGGUUUCUUUGUCUUGGUCUGUUUUUGUUCUGAGCACACCUCUGCUGUUCUCCCCUCUCCUGCUCCUUUGCCAGGACCUUGGGGAAUGUGAAAGACAAGAGAAAGGCACAAUGCAUGGCUGCCUCUUCGGCUCGUCCCGUACACCCCCCUGCCCUUCCCUCUGUUGUUGCCUGCCAGUGGCAUUGCCUUGGUGCUCUUGGGUCCCUGUAAGGCGUGGUGAAAAGCCCUCAGGAGAAGAGGGAAGGUGUGAGGUAUCUCGUUUUGCUUUUAUUUUGAAAAAUGGUUCUCCAUGUCUUUCAUCUGAAAAGCACCUUAAUGUGUGUCAAACAACCCCAGCCUGUUGGCCAGAGGGUGUGGAGCUGUGUUGAUGUCCUACUUCAGCAUCGGUGCACUGAGACCCAGGAUCCCCCAGCGGAUCAGUAUCAUAGUGGGACUGAACCCUGACUUUCUGUCAUGCCUUUCCUACAUGUAUCUUUGUCCUCGUAUACGUGUUUGACCUCUUUCUCAUUGAACAAGUCUUGCCAUGGGCUUCACCAGCUCUGGGGUGGCCAGGGAGGGCUGGUCUUUAAACAGAAGCACUUUACAAAAAGGAAUUGAAAUCUACCUUCUGGGUGCCUGAUACAGAGUAAAGACAGCUGUGUGCGCCCACAGGCUUAUUUCUACUCCCAAGUACUGCUGCUGGUGAUGGAAACAUCUGGCAAUUGCCUGUGCCUCACACAGCUUCCCCUUGCAGAAACGUCUCCUGUCCCUUAUCUCAUAAACACAGCAACUACCCUCCAGCCAGUCCGAGCUCCCAUGCACAGCUCUCCAGGACAUUCAGCAUAGACACAGCUUGCAUUAGCAUGAUAAUGUCAUAUAGCAUCUGUGGAUUUGUAAAAUGUAAACCUAAAAAGCAUUCACAGUUUAAUGCCGUUAGACCAUCUCCUGCAGCCCCUAGGCAGUGAGGGACAUGAGGUUUUGCUGUUCGUUGAGCUCAGGCCCUCGGGUUUCACCAAAGUCCAACUUCAAUGAGCAUUUGUUCUUGAUCAGAAACAGUGACCAGCCUGCCAUGUCCCAUGAGGGUACGUUCCAGCAGUUAACUGCCCUCUGGCCUAAAGAUGUGGGUGGGCAUACGUAGAAGUUGCCUGGCCUCAGCUUUAGCUAAAAGCUAGUUAUUUUCCUGCUUUUCUCCAUCGGAUUAAAGAACUAUGUAGCAUGCUGCACCUUCUGUGUAGGUACCUGCUCACUCUAUCUGUAUUACACUUCAAUUUCUUCUUGGGAGGUUAAGGAGAUUAAACCUUUGAACAUGGGACUGCAAAAUGUUUUCUUCAGUCCUAGAAGCAUCCCAGGGUCUCCUCUCUACACAUGUCCCUUCACAUCGGCGGGGCUCACACCUCCAUUUCACUGGGUACAGAAGGGAAAUCACCUGCUCCUGGCUCUUUCCUGCCUGGGCACUCGGCAGCCUGCAGCAUCUCACUGAUGUUGCUGCUCAGUUGUCUGCUGUCUGUGAGCCCUGAAUCCCUCUCUAAACCAGUGAGCUUCAGGAUAUAGUCAGGAUUGGGCUGGUUUCUGUGAAGUCCUGUGUUUCUUUUUCCUGUCUAGGCCAUGUCACAUGUGGCUGAACAAAAUCACUUAUCUGAAAAAAUCCAGCCUUUGAAGUGGUUCAGUCUGUACAACAUCCCGUCCUCGUUGUUAGUAGGACUGUGAUGGCAGUUUGCUGCUUUGUGCACAUCUCAUUUACACCAGCAUCGACUGGAGUCAGUGGGAUAGUCUGGUACAUAACCGGCAGAGAGGAGAUCCGUUGGACUGCUUGUUCUCCAUCGCAGAACCUGCAGGCCAGCCGCUUCCCCCCAAGGUAAGGGCGCAGCCUUGGCCGGGCUCUGCUUACCAGCAGGAUGCACGGGACCAUGAAGAGGAGGAGAUGCAGAGCCCUGGUUGGCCUCAUUAGAGAAAAAGUCAGAGCUGGAGCACCGUUCUUAGAAUAUAAGAGCAAGAUUAAAAUGCAUCUGUAAGUGUUCCUGGCACAAGGUGGCACAGUCGCUACACCGAUUCCAGGGCAUCUGGAAGGAUCCCGAGCUCUGCAGUGCUGCACCCCGCAGAGUCUCCAAUGUGCUUGCCUGGUGCCUGGGGUGAAGAAUGAGGAGCUACAGCAGGCUUCCAGAGGUGGCUGAGAGGAAGCUGACAGUUGAAGAGGAGGAAGCCAAGAGGAUUGCAGAGAUGGGCAAACCAAUCCUUGGUGAACAUCCCAAACUAGAAGUCAUCAUUGAGGAGUCCUAUGAGUUCAAGAGCACCGUGGACAAGCUGAUUAAGAAGACAAACCUGGCUUUGGUUGUAGGGACACAUUCCUGGAGGGACCAGUUUAUGGAGGCCAUUACCGUCAGUGCAGCGGGUGAUGAAGACGAGGAUGAGUCAGGUGAGGAGCGCCUGCCGUCCUGCUUCGACUACGUGAUGCACUUCCUGACCGUCUUCUGGAAGGUGCUGUUUGCCUGUGUGCCCCCCACCGAGUACUGCAACGGCUGGGCCUGCUUCGUCGUCUCCAUCCUCAUCAUCGGCAUGCUCACAGCCGUCAUCGGCGACCUCGCCUCCCACUUUGGCUGCACCAUCGGCCUCAAGGACUCGGUGACCGCCGUCGUGUUUGUAGCCUUCGGCACCUCCGUACCAGACACGUUUGCCAGCAAAGCCGCGGCCAUCCAGGACGUGUACGCCGACGCCUCCAUCAGCAAUGUCACAGGCAGCAACGCCGUCAACGUCUUCCUGGGCAUCGGGCUGGCGUGGUCAGUGGCGGCCAUCUACUGGGCAUCGCAGGGGCAGGAGUUCCAGGUGUCGGCCGGCACCCUGGCCUUCUCCGUCACCCUCUUCACCAUCUUCGCCUUCAUCUGCAUCAGUGUCCUCCUCUACCGCCGGCGGCCCCACCUCGGAGGGGAGCUGGGCGGCCCCCGGGGCUGCAAACUGGCCACGACGUUGCUCUUCGUCAGCCUGUGGCUGCUGUACAUCCUCUUCGCCACCCUGGAGGCCUAUUGCUAUAUCAAGGGGUUUUAGGCGGUGGGGGGACGGUGCCGCCAGGGGAGGGACCCCCUCCUCCGUUACCUCACGGGACACCGGCCCUCGAAGCACGGUUUCACCAGGAGGGACGGCUGUCAGUCCGCUGCCCGGACAGUCGGACAGCUGGGUGCUGGGAUGGGCAAAACCCUCACAGAACAAAAACAAAACAAAACAAAAAUCCACAAAAAAACACCGAAAAUGAUACAAAAGAAAAAAAAAAAGUGACAAUGGCAGGCGUUUAAAUAAAACAAAACAAAGUAAACCCAGCCACUGACCCCAGUCAAUGAGGUUAUGAAGUCUCAGCCAUCUCUAACGGCCUCCUCUCCUGCAGGUUCUUGUUCCCAGUCUCCUGAGCACCCCUCCACCGUAAGGAGACGCUUUCUUGUUUUUACUGUUUGGGAAUUGCAGAAGUCUGAUCAGGAAUUUUAUUUUUAUUUUUAUUUUAUUUUGCUUAUUGCUUCUUGGUUUGGGGGGGGCACAUAGCUUGAUAUAUACAUUUUUUUUUUUUUUACUACUUAAACAGAAAAAUGUUACAAGUUUAAAAUCUAAAGCUUCAAGCUGCCGUCAGUGCUGGAAUUGAACAUGUAUUUUUUGAAGCCACAGAAGACUAGCACCGUCAAAGAACUUUUUCACUCUCACCCAUUUCCUCCCUCACCUCCUUCCAUUUCUUUCUUUUUUUAAGAGCAUCACAAGACUGAUAUAUUUUUAAUACAAACACACACAUACACGUACACACACACACACACACAAGUUCCGUGAUGAAGGCUGGAGCAUGUAGCAUCUCAAUCACCUGCCUGGGCUAAAAAAACAAAGGAGGAAAAAAAAAACAAAAAACAACCCAACCCUCUAAUACAAUACGUAUCGUGUAUAUUUUGACUAUGGCAUUUCUCUUUGUACAAUUAACUUUGGGCUUGUUGUACUGCAGGGAGAUAAAAUUAUGUUCAUUUACAAAUGGUAAGGAAAUAAACAGCUGCACAGAACUAGCCUGCCGGGGGGCUGGGGAAGCUGGCACAGGCUCCCCGAUGAUGGUGCAGUGGUCCUCCUCCCGGAGGUGGGAGUGGAUCCCUGUGAUAACGUGCUUGCUCUGGCCUACCUGUGAGAGCAGGAAGCAGGGAAAGAGUGAGAGCAGAGAGCAGGGAAAUAAAGGCAGGAGGACGACAGGGAAGCCCAAAAAGAGUGCUGGUAUUGUCCCGCACAGCCGGCCUGAGCUGUGUCACGGCUGCUGUUUCACUCAGCUGCCAUCCCGAUGCUCACAGUGCCUGCGUCUCACGAGCAGCCGUCGGUCCGUGGAAAGGUACGGGCUUCAGACCUGCCGCCCGCCCCAGGAGUCCUGCAUCACCUCCAGCACAUCCUCGGAAAACCAGACAGGCAAAAGGGCACCCUUUUCAUUUGAAGUGCAUUUCUUUUUAAGGAACACAAACAAAAGCAAACAAACAAGUAUGUCAUGAAUUACAUCAAUGGCUGCAAAUUGAAAUGUUGGGUUGGUAAUAAAAUCAAAUAAAACCUAUACCUAUAUCUAUAUAAACAGUGCUAUCUACAAAUAUAUUUCUUAACUGAGAGUCCUGGAAGGGGAUGUUAAAGCCUUGCUCUUUUUAAAGUGUUUCCAAGAGGAAGAUAAUUUUUUUUUUUUUCUACCAAGAAACAGGUGCUGUAAAGGGAAGCAUUUUCCUCAUAAAUUUCACUAGCACAAGCCAAACCCAGGCAGUCAGCACGUAAAACAGGAGCUGGCAAAGGGUCCAUCCCAACCUCCUGGGGGGCUUUCUGCUGCCCCAAGGAGCAGAGAGAUGGUGUCUGUAGAUGAGGAAAAAUGCAAUGGGAACAGGGUUAUCAAGGACAAAGAACAGACAUAACAUUAUAGCAAGUGAAUAGAUGAGAGUGACAAUGGUCCUUAAAACACGGAAAAAAUAUUUAUUUUCAUACAAAAUGUUUAUCAAAUAUCUCUCUGUGUAAAGUGUAUAAAUGUAAGGCAGAGAAUAAGGAUCCUUCUUACAGGGACAGCAGGAGCUUUGCUUGCAGAAGCUCUGAGUAAAAGCCCUGGGGUUUGAAGCUGACGAACACCCAGCCUUCUGCCUCCCUGCCCUCCCUUUGCUGUGGCUUUUGGGGAAGGGCACGAAAAAAAAGGGCAAGAAAUCCCGAGGCCAGGUUCCAGCUGAGUUUGCCAAUCUUUCCGGCCUCUGGCUGUGCCAGCAGCCACCAAGAGCAGCUUCUGUCUAUGUCAGUCGCUGCUGCUGCUCACCCGGGCUGGGACCCCAGAGCACAGACGUGUGACAUGAAGGAAAAGUUUAAAGCCCCCAAAAUGAUCUCUGGGCUUGGGGGUGUGUGUUUAAGGUGCAGCUCUCAAGGAGAUUGUGUUAUCAUCGCUGUUUUUAAUUUGGACAUGUCAAGUCUGUUCAGUUCUUAUUUUAACCAUACCAGUUUGCCCAUUCCCGGCUAAAACCCGGGCACAGGGAGCUGCAAUGCUGUUAUUCUGUUGCUUGUGCUGUAUCGGUCGUGUGCUUUUCAUCUGCUGCUUUCUUAGGCUCACUUUGUGGGGGGGGCAGGGGGACGAGUGUCUGCAAUUGCCAAUUGCACAGUGACUUUGGUGCCCUCGAUGCACUGUGGAGAUCUGUG